ACAUUUAUUGAGGUCAAAUGGUGAGAUUUUGAAUGAAGUUAUUUCUUCUCUUGCCACAUCUACUGGCUACAUUGUUAUGUGCGGAUAAAGAGAUCCUCCCACGGAUGAUUAAACUAUGGAACUUGCCAACAAAGACAGCUAAUGAUAACAUGCCACAGUUAGAAAAAGAAGAAAAAAUAUAUUGGGGAAAGGAUGCUGAUGCAAGUAUCGCUCCAUAUCAGAUUUUGUUGUCAUAUGACGAUUCGGGCCUCUGUGGUGGAGCCAUUAUUGACCAAUGGUGGCUGAUAACUGCUGCCCAUUGCACUGUCUUGAAAAAUAAGAUAGUCAAUAUAGCAAUGUUUACGGUUUGGGCAGGUACCCUGCAUGUGCUGGAAGAAUCAGACAGUGAACAGCACCGUUAUGUUGACAUGAUGUUCCCCCACGAGAACUACAACGAUGCUUCACUUUCUCACGACAUAGCAUUGCUCCAUUUGAAGGAUCCACUUAUUCUUAACGAGAACGUUUCAGUCGUCGCUAUUGCAGAUAAGGGGGCCGAACCUGGUGACACAGUCCGUGUUUCUGGGUAUGGAUUAACUGAAACUGGUGAAGUAGCCGUUCGGCUUCAGUAUAUUGAUCAAGAUGUGCCACAGCGAACAGACUGCUUGAAUAUCUAUGGAUCGUUGCUGGACGAUAGUAUGUGGUGUAGUGGGGAUGAGAACAUGAAGCACCGAGCUGCUCAGGGUGACUCCGGGGGACCUUUAGUUCUGAUGAAGGACAAUGUUACCGAACUAGUCGGUAUGGUGAGCUAUUCUAUAACCGGUUAUGACAAAAAACCGUCCUAUGACAUAAACUCUGAUGCGGUUAAAAUGAAAUCCUGGGCCAAUAAAAUCAUGAAUAGAACCUGGGUGAAGCUGAUAGCUACAACGGAACCACAAGUGUACUCCUGGUCGAACAAUGGCCUCAACUAUCAGACCGAGUUUAUAAAGAUGCAGUGCAACACUGGCAAAUAUUGUCGGGUUCAGGUAAAGUCUUUGUCAGUAAAUUUAGGCAGCAGUAAGUACAGCAGGAUAAAGAUGUUCCAUGAUUACGACAUGACGAAAGAACCAAUCGUAGAACUUACGCCUGAGACUUACUCUUCUGUCCAGGCAGAAUCAGGUUUUGCUUCAGAUUCAGAUCAAGCAAUGCUCGUCAUUCUACUCGGUCAGGAAGAUAUGGUUAUUGAUUUAACAUUCACCUAUCAAGUUCUGGAUGAUUCUUCAUGUCGAGUCCCCUCAUCCCAAUGUAAUGAAGUGCACGACUGCUUGGACUUAUCUGACGAGAUAGGCUGUAUCUACCCUGACCCACCAGAUGGAGAAAUGUCUGAGAAGGCAGUGGGUUGCUACCCAACAGACUACCAGUGUCCCAAUGAGUGGUGCAUCAGACGAGCUCACGUGUGCAAUGGUUACGAUGACUGUGUGGGGGGAGCUGAUGAAACUGAUAUGGAGUGUGGAGAUAGGGGUGUUGUUUAUUCGUUAGCUGUGGUUUUGGCUGCGGCUUUUAUGAGGCUGUGCGUUUGAAAACUAUUUUGCGAUUAAUCUAAGAUUUUCUGCUGGUAAGAAAUGAUUUUACAUCUUAUUUUUGAGAUAACUUUGAUAAUUAUGUCCAGGAUUGAUAAACAUAUUGUCAAUAUUUUCCGUUUCAAGAAAAUCAUACGAGUAAGAUAAUAUUUUGUGGAUUUUAGAGACAUUUUAUGCUUUUAAGUUAAUGAUAUUUCACUGACAAAAUGCAGAUUUGAAAGAUUCAUCAUAUAUUGCUUUGUGCUAUAGAAAAAGAACUUGAUCGUUUUGUGUGAGAUUGCAAUAUCAUCAUUUAUUCUCUAAAAAAUAUACGAAUUAAUUCAUUUUGUAUGAAAAAUCUAGCUUGGAUAAAGACGUUGAAAGCUUAUCGCACCAUCAAUAAUGGACUUUAGAACUAAGUCAUUUAAAAUUAAUUUUUUUACUAAAAGAUUCUCCCACGUGUUAAAUAAUCAGUGUAGUGUAAAAUGCUUCAUUCCAUUGUUUUCUGAUCACGUUUUAGAAAAGGUUUUUGUUCAUUGUUUAUAUUUCUCGUUCUACAUUUUUGUUCUA